ACACCAAACGUCGUUUUAACUGAGACCUGAAGCCUUUCAGUCUGAGGCAUGACACCUUUUUAUGGAACGCCAUUGGGGACAAUACCUAUUAUAUGUAACGCGUGAAAUCUGGACGCAUUAACACGCAAAGUUUGUACGCGUAAAUACGAAGUAUAUGUUCGGGUGUCGCGUCAGACUGCACAACAGCAAAUAGCGUUGCUCUAUUUAGGAUUUAAUUUGCAUUUGUGAUGGGAUGGCACGUUGCUGUAUACGUAUAUAAACAUCAGACGACAUUUCUUUUCGUGAGGGAUGACGUGCUGUUAGGCAGCUGCGCGGAAAUGACGUCACGGGUGACGUUCCCCUCAGCCCUUCAGUUCAGCAUGGCGCCGCUCUUGGUCCCGCUGAAAUGUGGAUUUCACAUUCAAAGGCGAAAAUUGUCACUGUUGCUUCAGCAGAGCCGCGCCGUUCACGCGUGGACCUAUCACGAGCACAGAGCGGCGAAUAAACGGAAAGAGCGGAGCACAUAUCAGCUUCCAAGUCAAAGCCGAGCAUCGUCAACAUGGGCCAACAGCCGAGCUCAGAACAGCCGACAGAUCCUAGAAGCAGUGAAACAUUUACAGAUUCCAGAGAGACAGUGCUGGCACGGCCAUGCAGGUGGAGGACUCAGUGCAGACCCCAAAAAUGUGCUUAAGGAAGUGAACUCCUCAAAGAUUCUUGCAGCGAUGUUGACGUAUGUUUGGCCUAAGGACAGACCGGACCUGCGCGCUCGAGUGGCCAUAUCGCUGGGUCUCCUCGCUGGAGCCAAGAUAACCAAUGUGAUGGUGCCCUUCAUGUUUAAAUAUGCGGUGGACGGCCUGAACCAGAUGUCGGGACACAUGUUGAACCUGAACGACGCGCCAAACACGGUGGCCACCAUGGCAACGGCUGUUUUGAUUGGCUACGGUGUUUCCCGCGCCGGAUCCGCUCUCUUCAAUGAGCUGAGGAACGCAGUGUUCGGGAAAGUGGCUCAGAGCUCCAUCAGGAGGAUAGCCAAGAACGUCUUUCUCCAUCUUCAUAACCUGGAUCUGGGUUUCCAUCUGAGCAGGCAGACGGGAGCGCUGUCCAAAGCGAUUGACCGUGGCACUCGAGGAAUCAGCUUUGUGCUCAGCGCACUGGUCUUUAACCUGGGGCCAACGCUUUUUGAAAUGAUGCUUGUCAGCGGCAUUUUGUAUUAUAAAUGUGGAGGUCAGUUUGCUCUGGUCACUCUGGGGACGCUCUCAGCGUACACCGCUUUCACUAUUGCUGUUACACAGUGGAGGACGCGGUUCAGGAUCGAGAUGAAUAAGGCGGAUAAUGAGGCUGGAAACGCUGCUAUCGAUUCUCUCCUCAAUUAUGAAACUGUUAAGUAUUUCAACAAUGAGAAGUAUGAGGCCGAGCGUUAUGAUGGUUUUCUGAAGGUGUACGAGUCGUCGUCUCUGAAGACCACUACUACUCUGGCCAUGCUCAACUUUGGUCAGAGCGCCAUCUUCAGCGUCGGCCUCACCGCUAUCAUGGUGCUGGCGAGCAAAGGCAUAAUGGCAGGCACCAUGACAGUGGGUGAUCUAGUGAUGGUGAACGGGCUGCUUUUCCAGCUCUCUAUGCCGCUCAACUUCCUGGGCACCGUGUACAGAGAGACCCGGCAGGCCCUCAUAGACAUGAACACGCUCUUCACUCUGCUCAGCGUCGACACCAAAAUAAAGGAGAAAGAAAUGGCCCCGCCGCUGCUCGUUACACCCCAGGAAGCCACCAUCAGGUUUGAGGAUGUGUAUUUUGAGUACUUGGAGGGACAAAAGGUGCUUAACGGGGUUUCCUUUGAAGUACCUGCAGGGAAAAAGGUGGCCAUUGUUGGUGGCAGUGGAUCUGGAAAGAGCACAAUUGUCCGAUUGCUCUUUCGUUUCUACGAGCCACAGCAGGGCAACAUCUACAUCGCCGGCCAGAGCAUUCGUGAUGUUAGUUUGGAGAGCCUGAGGAAAGCUGUGGGCGUCGUACCGCAGGACGCCGUGCUUUUCCACAAUACCAUAUUUUACAAUCUGCUGUAUGGUAACAUCAACGCCACAGCAGAGGACAUCUACCGUGUGGCCAGACUAGCUGGAAUCCAUGAUGCCAUUCUCAAAAUGCCUCAUGGAUAUGACACGCAGGUCGGAGAACGAGGACUGAAGCUCUCAGGUGGAGAAAAGCAGCGUGUGGCCAUCGCACGGGCCAUCCUUAAGAACCCUCCCAUUUUGCUGUAUGACGAGGCCACGUCUUCACUAGACUCAAUCACUGAAGAGAAUAUUCUGACUUCCAUGAAGGAGAUGGUGAGGGACAGAACAUCUGUCUUUAUUGCACACCGGCUGUCCACCAUUGUGGAUGCAGAUGAGAUUAUUGUACUAAAUCAGGGGAAGGUGGCCGAACGCGGCAGCCAUCAGGCUCUGCUGAACACGCCGGGCAGUCUGUACGCCGACCUGUGGAACACGCAAAACAGCAGAACCGUGGGUAACGGCGGCAAGCCCGAGCCCGUUCCCGAGCGCGUGUCGCAGAAAGAGGAGGAACGCAAGAAACUGCAGGAGGAGAUCCUGAACAGCGUGAAGGGCUGCGGGAACUGCUCGUGCUGAGGCUCUCGUUCUCUCGUCCUCUCUUCAUGCCCAGACCUGCUUCAGCCUUUCACGUGAGCAUCUGGAUGUCCGCCGGACUGUGAUUACAGCGAGGGCUCAAAGCUGACGGGUGUCCUUCCUCUUUGUGAUUUUUUUUUUUUUUUUUUUUUUUUUUUUUUCCCCCCAUAACCUCAAGGGCCAAUGCCAUGCCUUUACUUUCACGUGCUAUCAAGGUGAUUUGAACCUGUUUUAAAAGAUUUGUCCGUGUCAUCUGGAACUCUUGUAAGUUGUUUUUAUUAUGGGUGUGUACAUAUUACUAAUGCAAUAUUUUCUAGAUGUGCUGCGAAGCACAUUGUAUAGAGCGCACAUAUCAUUGAAUAGAUAUUUUGUCUGUUGAAUUAUGUUAGAUACGCCAGGACCAUUUUGGAGAUUUUCUGUGAACGUUGGCACCAUCUUAUAUUUAACCAACAUUAAUUUAUACCAAAUCUGAAUGAAAUGUCAUUGCAAGUACAUUUAACAACUUGUUUAAUAAACUUGUUUCUUCGAGUGUCUGA